GUGAGCGGCUGUGAUUUGCGCCAUUACGGUCUGCCGUGGCGUCGAGAGGGCCGUCCUGCUGUGAAAUCCAACUGAGAUCUGAGCAGUGCAGCUGCAGCAGUGACGUCACCUCUCGUCAGCAGGCAGCCGGCCCAUCCACGUGUGUGCUGAGAGCGACACAAAAAAUGGCGCGGCUUCAGCUGAGCAGCUACGCAUUGCACAGCAGCGGGGACCGUCACCGAUUUCUCGACGAGAUAUGGCCGUUUCUCAUCCGCAACGAGGCCUAUCACACGCAUACCAUCUCAGUUCUGCAAGCAGCCGGGUGUCUUCCUCAGUCGCCUUUCUCGUCAGUGCCACUCCCAUGCUUCGACAAAGACCCCUUUCGCCCACCCAUCUCUUCAUACGCCUUCGCCGACAGUGCCGCUGCAUCCGGCGAUGAUUAUGUAGAGGUGCUCUGCUACGCACUGGCAGCGGCAGCAGAUGACCCCGCACAGCCAGCCUGGACGGCCGUGCGCUGCGUGGCUGUGGUCGCCGUGCCCCGCGAUGAGUCAACGGGAGAGGCCAAGGUCGCAUUCACGCCGCUCUAUGCGAGCGCAUCAUCCCACGGAGAUGCGGCGACCUUCACGCAGGCCGACCUGGAUCAACCGGCGGUGGACUCAACUAUUCAGCCUCUCAUGGCCGCGGUGCAGGCGGUGAUCAACGCUCAUGCGUUUGAGAAGAUCCGCAUCAACGGCCCGGCGCCCAUUGUGUCGGGCAUCCACACGGGGUGUGAGGCGGCUGUGGGUGAGAAGGAGGGGUGGCUGGGUGGCCUGUACGACAACACGGCGUGGAUCAAGGACGGUGCCUUCAAUGCAUAUGCGCUCGACCUGACCGACCUGCGCCGCACCCUCAGCGACCCUGAUCUGUGGACAAAUGCGGUCGUCUCGCCCUCGCCGCUGCUUGGCGUCAACUUCACAGCCGCCGACCCGACGGUCCACCCGUCCCUCAAGGCCAUGCAGCAGAAGGAGCCCAUCGUCAUCUACCAGUGGGAUGGCAGUGACGGGUGUGUCACUCCCGAGACAUCCACUGGCUCGCUGCCGUCGGUCAACAGCAACAGCGACAGCAGCGGCGACAGCAGUGGCCAGGACGACCCUUUCCAGCCCCCAUUGCCCCCGUACCAGUUGGUCUUCCCGUCCCUCUCUCCGGAGUCGGUCGACCGCCACGUCAAGUGGGAGGAGCACUACAUGAAGCAUUGGGUGCAGAGCUACCCGUUUCUGGCCAAGUAUGCCGUGGCCGACGUGCUUCGUCAGCGCAUCACGGAGUCCUUGUCGAGCGGAUCGAUUCUCGUGCUGCAGCGAGGCGACGAGCAGCCGCUGUGUCGGUCCUUCUUCCGGAUGUCUGAGGGUGGCGUGGCGGAGGUGGGGGGCAUCAUGACCUGGCCGCAGUACCAGGGGAAGGGCUAUGCCAAGGUCAUCACUGCCGCACGUAAGCAGCCUGACACACAGGGGAGGAAGGCAUGUCCUUUACUGUGUUGUUUGUGUGUGUGGCUGAUUGACUGGUCUUCAGAAAGUCUCUUGGCUUUCAGUCGCGGGUUUCGUGUGUGUCGCCUCAUGACAGAGGCCAGCAACGGUGCCAGCAACCACAUCUACAGUGGCCUCGGCUACCGGUGCAUAGGCAGACCCACCCAUCUCGAGCUGUCGAGAAAGGGCACCCACGAGAACAGUGCAGAGGCGGAUGCAGCUUGCGCCUCCAAGCUGUGCAGGUGAUCAUGAGACAGCCGUCGAUCCGUGGAUGGUGGUGGGGUGGUGGAAGUGGUGUUUUGUAGUCGUAUUGGUUGUGGCGCGCCUUUAGAGCGCCUUUCAAUUUUCGUGGCGGGGUGUUUUAUUGUCCUUCCGGCUUGCCUCUGACUGGCGUUUUGGACUGGUUGACGAUUUUCGCGGACACCCGGCACCCUCUGUGUGUGAGGGCUGCAUGUUUGUCG